AUGGCGAAGACAAAGGCCAAGCCCGGCACCGUCAAGCACCGCUCGAGCGACACGGACCCGAACUUGCAGGAUGAGGCGAACUCACAAGUUGUAGCUGAGGUGGCUGAUGGAAACAAGGCUGGAGCCCUGCCUACGACCCCAACUGGACCCAAGAUUCCGAAGAAGAAGAAAGCUGGCGCUGCGAAGGCUAAGAAGAAUUACCAGAAUGUACAGGCGCAAGGAGACGAUGGUGCAAAGGCUGACAAAAAAAGCCCGGCGAAGAAGAGCCACGCAGUCGCCCCGCCAGCCCCGGUGAAGGCGACCGGCAAGAGCCCAGCCAAGAAAAUCCAAAGCAACACGAUUCCGAAGAGCCCUGCAAAGAAAGUUCAAGGAAAAUCUGCUAUCUCGAAGAGCCCCGCCAAGAAACCUGCAGUGAAGGCAGUCAGCAAUGUUUCGAAAAGCCCGGCCAAACAGUCCAAGGGCAAAGCUGCAAUCUCGAAGAGCCCCGUCAAGAAAACUGUCGCAGCAGCUCUGAAAGGCCCGGCCAAGGUUCAAGGCUCACAUGCCACGCAGUCGACUCCUGUUAAGAAGGUAAAGAAGAACACGAAGGCUGCGUCGGCUGAUCAGGCGGGGCCGAAGGCUGGAGAGAAGCGCACGGCCGACGCUCAUCAUGAACAAGUUAUCAUCCCGAAAAAGAAAGCGAAGGCUGGAACCGUCGUUGCUCAGGCCGAGCAUACACCUGUGAAGCUCGCCAAAGCUGACGAACCGCCGCCGAAGGUUGCCUCGAAGAAGAAGAAGAUGGCUGUCAAGAAACAUACAAUCCUCACGACUCCUACGGGAAAACCCGGACCAAAGUUGUCGGCUGGAAAGUCUCCCGCGAAGUCGCCGAAAAAGAAAGCUAUUGCCAGCCAUCCCGGAACUUCAGCGCCGAUUGCCAAAGCCCCCAGCUCGCCCCAAGCCGCACCAGCCAAGAAGAUUCGCUCUCAAGCUGCUACCGGCACUGCCCAGAAAUCGGCCAUUACGAAGCCCGUUGUUGUCACCAAGAAGAAAACUACCAAAAAACAGAAA